CCUGCGCGCAUCUGACGAAUCACUCGAGUCCAGACACCGGAGAGCUCGCGCGUCCCGAAUGGCAGCAGCGGCGGCGGUGAGAGGGAGAUAGGGAAUCCCCGAGUGAAGCUAGUUUUAAUGGCCGGUUCUGUCAGCAUGGCACGGGAACGCGUCUAAUGCGCUCUUUGGACCGGAGAAAAGCAAGGAUUUCGUUUUUUUUGACUGGACUCAUGAGGCAGCCACCGAGCGAGUUUGAUAGCAUGGCACUGAGCGGCACGCUUUUGCCCUCUAUUUCCACCUUCGCGAGCGACGCAGAUGUGAAGCACAAGGCCAUGACGGGACCUGGAACAGCCAGUUUAAGAUGGACGGAGGAGAUGUCUCAACUGAAACGCCCCUGCGUGUCUUCAGGUGGGACCUGCUCUGAUCAGGACGUCCCCUCUCUAAUGACCAGGAGGGAUCAAGAAGAGCUAGACCUGUUGGACUAUGAUUUUAUUCUGUCGAACACCAUGCUGCAACAGCAGCAGCAGGCCUCAAUGGCCAGAACUCUUCCACCGUCCCCUACGUCCUACACCUAUCCGAUGCCCUCUCCUCAGGGCCAAGAGUCCGGCAUGUUGUACAACAUCCCGGACAUCAGCGACGUAUCUCCCUCGGGAGGUUUUGUCGCUGAAUUGAUGAGGCCGGAGCUGGAUCCUGCGUAUCUUCAGCCCACGAGCCUCCAUGGUAAAUUUGUGGUGAAGACCACCAUGGACAUGACUGAUUACAGCCAAGGACUCAGCGUCAGUAAGGACGGGUCAAUGUCGGACUCUUCCUCCCUGCAGCAUCCUAGGAUAAAGCAGGAAUAUCCUAGCACCUGCACCAUCAACCGACCGAUGGAUCUCCAUCUGGGGGUGAACUCACGGCCCGGGGUUGGCCAGAGACCGCUGAUGGACCCUCGCGGUUUCAGCACGGCCCGAGGGUCCAUGGGUCCCAGCCGCUCGUCCACGUCCUCUCUCUCUCCGGAUGAACAUCCUCAAGCUCAGGCUCUGGGGCCUCCUCCGAUCUCUCUGGCCCCGGGAUAUCACCCCUCGCCGGGUUAUUCAGGCUUUCCACAGCCUCCCGCGCAGUCAAUGCAGUAUCAAGAGCUGAUCUCUCCAGCCGAGUGUUUGCCGGAAGAGUCCAAGCCCAAGCGUGGCCGGCGCUCCUGGCCGAGGAAGCGGAUAGCGACACACACCUGUGAUUACGCCGGCUGUGGCAAAACAUACACUAAGAGCUCGCAUCUCAAAGCCCACCACAGGACUCACACAGGAGAGAAGCCGUAUCACUGUGACUGGGAGGGAUGUGGCUGGAAGUUUGCCCGUUCGGACGAGCUCACCAGGCACUACCGGAAGCACACGGGCCAUCGGCCGUUUCAGUGCCAGAAGUGCGACCGAGCCUUCUCCCGGUCCGACCACCUCGCGCUGCACAUGAAACGACAUCUAUAACCAAGACUGGAAGACCCCAAAACAGUGAAGAUCCCAGUGGACUAGUGAACCACGUGUUGCCUUUGAACAAGAGUCAGUGAACUAGAGCGGUGUCCUCCGCAGCAUCAGGACCGGGACUUUUCCUGUUCUUUAGUUUGUUUUAUUCCCCUUUUUUGUCGUUGUCUUCCAACAUGCUGGCGAUUCCCUGUCCGUUUCCUGCACACUGGGACAAUACUGGAACGUGCGUCUACUUACCGACAAAACUUGGAGAUGCCAAGAUGCCAAACAAAAGACUGGAAAUAUAUGAAUAUCAGGGAUAAUAAAUGGACACAUUACAAUAUAUGUAUUAAAGAAGCCUUUAAUUGACCUACAUUCCAUCAAUCGAUCACUGAUCCGUCUUACGGAUCAUUUUAUUGCUCUCUCUAAAGCCAUUAAUUUCAGGUACAGAAUAAUUUAUAAGCGUGUUAUAAGACGGUGCUGAGUAUAGCCAGGUGUAUUCAGUAAGGUACCAAAGAUAAAGUGAUUUUAAUCGAAGUCUUGGGGUGAACGCAUGACCUCUCUUUGGUGAUGGCAAUCUAAACUGCACUGUGGUUGUGAGGUGCAAUAAUUUUGAUAAUAAGACACUUGUAUUUUUUAUAAGAAACAAAACAUUAACUCUGAACAAUUUUCCUUUGUUUAGUCAGAUCCGUGUGUAAUAUAAUCUUAAGUUUUGUACAUACUUGUAAAUACUUUUUUCAUUAAGGUUUUUGUAUUUUAUGUAUGAAUGCAAUCCAGUAAUAAACAGAAAAAUAUCAAAUG